AUGAUUACCAACAACCAACUUAUCCAAACCACCGGUUACUUGUUCGCCAUCGCGAUUGCAAUGGCACUAUCCGUCACGGUCUUCGUAAAGGACAUCCUCGCUCUUAUCACAUUCCACACACCAUCCGCUGCCACACCGGAAUAUCCUCGCAUCGCCGUUAUGGUCAAGGUCGAAGUUACUACCACACAAUAUUCGAUGAUUGAACCUUCCUCGUCGGUAUUCUCCGACUCUACUUUGAUUGAAGUAUCAUCGGAAUGCUACAGUGGCGCACGACUUGCUUUAAACCACACGAAGUUUGAAACAUUGUCGGCGGAUGGUUCAGGCCAGAAAGGCGGUCCUGCCAGUAUACAUGGACCGUCAUCCCCUCAAUUAGUAGCCUCUUCAUCUAUACGGCUUUACCGCGUUUCGAGGGGUGGUCGAGAGGUGAAGGUUUGGCGGUGUACUAGAGGUGAAGAGGCACCAAUAAACUACCUCGUGCGAGCCUAAGACGAAUGCGUCUUUGUUCACCUCAUGGUCAAAUCGGGCACAUAUCUAAUACGCGAGAGGCAGAUACCGUUCUUCCGGUGGUACUCGCAGUCUCCCUAGCUUGCCCCACAGUGCCAUGUACUGUACAUCCUUGGGCCGCCACGUUUGAAUCUUAGCUAUGAAAUAUCACCUACUGGAAAUAAAAGCGAAUCCGCGCAAGGCCUAUCUACUUGGACAAUGAACGCUUCAGCGACUGAAGGCCU